AUGUCUGAAGAAUCCUCAGAUAACAAAGAACUUCGUUUGUUGGUUGUCUCCAACCGACUUCCUGUCACCGUAGGUCGAGACGCAAAGACCAAUGACUUCACCUUCAAAAUGUCGUCCGGUGGUUUGGUCAGUGCUUUGAGUGGUCUCAAGAAAAUGAUGAGCUUUACUUGGAUUGGAUGGCCCGGUAUUGAUGUCCCAGAGGGCGAGAGAAAACAUAUGGAGGAUCGUCUUCUCAAUGAACACUCCUCCUUGCCAGUGUUUGUUUCGGAUGACCUAGCUGAAGACCACUACAAUGGCUUUUCCAACAGUAUUCUUUGGCCCUUGUUCCAUUACCACCCUGGUGAAAUCUCUUUCAAUGAACAAUGGUGGGAGGCCUAUCAAAAGGUCAAUGAACUGUUUGCCGAAGCCAUUGAUAAAAUCGUUCAGGAUGGUGAUCUCGUAUGGGUACAGGAUUAUCACUUGAUGCUUUUGCCCUCUAUGCUUCGCAAGAGAACCAAGAAGGAUAUCAAGAUCGGCUGGUUCCUUCAUACUCCCUUCCCAAGCAGUGAAAUCUACCGUAUUUUACCCGUCCGCAAGGAAAUCUUGACGGGUGUAUUGGAAGCCGAUCUCCUUGGUUUCCAUACUUACGAUUAUGCUCGCCAUUUCCUUUCCUCUUGCACUCGUAUCCUGGGCCUGUCUACUAUGCCCAACGCUGUAGAGUUUGAAGGUCGAAACGUGCAUGUUGGCACUUUCCCUAUCGGUAUCGAUCCCGAGAUCUACACAGAAGGUUUGCGUGAUGAGGGUAUCAUAAAGCGUAUUACUCAGCUCAAGGAGAGAUUCCAAGGAUGUAAGAUCAUCGUUGGUGUGGAUCGUCUGGAUUAUAUCAAGGGUGUCCCACAGAAGAUGCAUGCUAUGGAGGUCUUCUUGAGUCAACAUCCUGAAUGGGUUGGUAAGGUUGUCCUGGUUCAGCUCGCUGUUCCAUCAAGACAAGAUGUCGAUGAAUAUCAACAAUUGAGAAGUACUGUCAACGAGUUGGUGGGUCGUAUCAACGGUCAAUAUGGUACCGUUGAGUUCGUUCCCAUCCAUUUCAUGCACAGAUCUAUUCCUUUCAAUGAACUGGUCGCUUUGUAUGCUGUCUCUGAUGUUUGCUUGGUGUCUUCUACUCGUGACGGUAUGAACCUUGUCUCCUAUGAAUACAUUUCUGCCCAACAGAACAACCAUGGUGUCAUGAUUCUUUCCGAGUUCGCUGGUGCCGCUCAGUCUCUUAACGGAUCCAUCAUUGUCAACCCAUGGAACACAGAAGAAUUGGCUAAUGCUAUUCAUGAAGCUGUCACUAUGCCUGAUGACCUUCGAAAGUCCAACCAUCAAAAGCUGUUUAGAUAUGUCACCAAGUACACUGCUGCUUAUUGGGGUCUCAGCUUCGUCAAUGAGCUUCGACGAGUCAGCGAAGAGCUCGGUCAUCGUGAAAAGAUUCCCGAACUGAACGUCGAAAAGGCUAUUGAUUUGGCCAAACAAUCCACCAAGAAGCGUGUCAUCCUUUUGGAUUAUGAUGGUACUCUUACUACUCUUCACAAGCUUCCCGAGUUUGCCAAGCCAUCGCAAGCUAUCAUUGAUACUCUCAAGAACCUUUCCUCCAAGCCCAACACCUAUGUGUAUAUUCUUUCUGGACGUGGCCGUCAACAUUUGGAUGCCUGGUUUGAAUCAACUGGUGUUGGUCUUUCUGCUGAACACGGUUGUUUCUAUAAGCAUCCUGCUAGCAUUCGCGAUAAGAUUGAUCCCACCACUCAAGCUGCUGAGGGUAAGGUCAUUAAGGAGGAGGAUCAUAAAUGGUAUUGCUUGGUAGACCAAAUCGAUCCCAGCUGGAAGGAAACUAUCCGCCCUCUCUUUUUGCAUUAUACCGAGCGUACUCCUGGUUCCUUCAUUGAAGAAAAGGAAAUCAACCUUACCUGGCACUACAGAAAUGCCGAUCCUGAGUUUGGAUCAUGGCAAGCAACUGAACUUCAGGUUAACCUUGAAAAGUUGUUGAGUCAUAUGGCCCUCGCCAUUGUCCUUGGUAACAAGACUUUGGAACUUCGACCCUCCGCCAUCGAUAAGGCCACUGCCGUUCGUGCUAUCCUCAAGGACAUACAGCUUCAAGACAUUGACUAUUUGAUGUGUAUUGGUGACGGCAAGACUGAUGAGGUCGUGUUCUCCCUUCUCAAUGAAAUUCCAAACUCUAUCACUAGUACAGUUGGAAAGAAGCAGACCGAGGCCCAAUCUUAUAUUUCCAAUGUUGAACAAGUCAGUAGCUUCCUUAACCGACUAGCUCAAGAAUUGUAA